AUGUCAGGUUAUAGUUUUCCGAUGCCCCCCGGUCUCGAACCUCAGUCCCCCGGCGAGGCUCACAUCAAGAGACCGAUGAACGCAUUCAUGGUAUGGUCGCGUAUUCAGCGGAGGAAGAUUGCUUUGGACAACCCUAAAAUGCACAAUUCUGAGAUAUCGAAGAGAUUAGGAGCCGAAUGGAAGUUAUUGACGGAGGCAGAGAAGAGGCCGUUCAUCGACGAAGCCAAGAGGUUGAGGGCCAUGCACAUGAAGGAGCACCCGGACUACAAGUACAGACCUCGGAGGAAGCCCAAGGCACCAGGACAGCAUCCACAGAUGAAACCCGCGGGCCCCGGAAGCGGAGGCGGCCCCUUUGCUAGCUUCCCACUUGGACCAUACUUCGCUGGCUCUCAACACCACCAUCCUCUGGAAGGUCUGGGUGCUGCGUACUCACCGCUGCCGCCCUACUUCGGAUCUGCCUUCGACGCCGUCAACUUUAACAAACUGGUCCAAAACGGCAGCCAUCAAGACUCCAACAAGGCCGCUGCAGUCGUGAGUUCGUUCUAUUCCUCUCUCUAUCCUGGGCAAAAGUCUUUCGGACCACCGCCUCCACCUCUUUCAGCCUUGUUCCAGCCUCCUCCUCAUUUCCUCUUUGGGGGUGGACAAUCCCCGGGCUCUAGCCCUACAGAACAAGCUAUCACGCCGACUUCAGUCGCGUCAGGACCGCCACCGCUCGACAUGGAUGGUCUCCGAAGGCCCAUGCCAUUAAUAUACUAAAUAGUGUGUGCGUGUAUGUGAUCUGUGCCGUUGUGAUCUCGUUCCCAAGGUAAGACAGAGUUUUUUUCAAGUGGAUCAUCUAGUCAUUAUAAUACUGUAGCUGUCAAGGGGUGGAGCACUCCCAGAAGCGGCUGGUGUCAGGUCUUUCAUAACUUUAAAAAUAUGUAAGUCUGUUAAUUCCCUAUAGUUGAUUUUUUAUCGUUUUCUUAAUUUGUUUUAAAAUCUUAAUUCUGGUGUAGAUUAUAAAAAUUUGAAGAUAGUGAUUUGUCGGUUAUUAUGAAUAACCUGUCAACAUAGAUAUAUUUGUAGCAAUGUUCACCCAAUUCUUACAUAGUCUUCUAUAUGAAUCCUCAUGUUGAGUAAAGUUAAUAAUUUAUCGCUGUAAAUACAUAUAGAGUAUGUCUAAAAAGUAACAAACAUCUAUAAUUGAACAAUGUUUUUAAGAUGUAAAUAGUUGUAAAAAUGUUCGCUUCUGACAGCCGUGGGACCAAGCGACCAUGCUCCCUGACCUACCGACCCACUUGUCAUUAUUAGGCCUCACAAAUUGAAGACCUCUAAAUAAUAGUCUUGAAGAAAUAAAUAUUUAAUCAUUAGGCUCUAAUCAUUCAUUUGGCUUAUUGAGAACAUAUAAAUUAUAUUAACUAUUAAGUGUACUUUCGAUUUGUAAUGUCCUGUAUAAGAAAUGUUAUUUCUUAACGUGAAUGUAACGAGACAAACUAUUCUCUUAUAUAAAGGCUUUUAAUGUUGUACUUAGUGUAGUUAUGUAUGCUUAUAUGUAUCUCUAAAAGACAAAAAUAAGUGAAUUAUUAAUUGAAGUACAAUUUGAAAGAUCGAAAUACUUUCAUUUUAUUUGUUGUUUUAUUAUGAUAUUUUUUUGUUCCUGUAUUAUUUUUAUUGUCUAUAUUGUUGGAAAGUUAUACUGUAUAUAUGUAUGCAUAAG